GUUCACCCAACGACAUUUCCAAGUUCGUGUAAUUGAAGCUUGAUCAGGCAAGUUCGACGAAGGUCGAAAUUUCACGCGGCUAUGAGCGCAUAACGCCUUUUACGAGGCGCGCGCAACCGGUCUCCUUCCGCAUGCACAUCCGACGAAACGGGAACUUAUCUCACAACGCGUACGAAGAACGGCUUCGUAUUUACAACUACAUACAUAAGUCGCGUGGAACGUAGAAGAAGAAGAACAAGAGGCGGACGGCGGUGUGGACACAAUUAGCCAAAAUGCCCCAACAAACCAAUUGGGUGAAGGUCGUGGUGACUUUACUGCUCGGUUUUCAGCUGGGGCUUUUACUGGGCUUCAUCUCCUCAACGUUGAUGUUUAAGCUCCUACCGCAGCAAUGGAUUGACAACGGCUUCGCGGAUCGCAAGAGCAGGUAUGAAAAUCUUGUUGAGCGCAGGACAUGCAGGAAAGAGGGCUUUCGAGAAAUGUAUAGCGGGCAGGACAACCGCGUGAGCAUAUGUGCAUGCUGGCAGGAUGGCGCCGUGAAGGGCAUCGACGGCGGAGUCGAGAGUUGCUGGGCUUACGAAAGGAGUGGCUGGAGUGAGCUUGGAGUGUGAGCACGAAGGACUCUUCGAGGAAUGACUCCCCAGCGCGAAAGAGGUGUAUCAAAGCGGGGGGGAGGAGCCUCAACAAGCGACCAUGGGGGCGAAGACGACCUAGCGAUAAAUCUAAUCACGAAGCCGAAGCCCAAUGAGGUCGAGAAAACGUCUAGUUCGCAUUGUAGUUUUGGGGAAAUAGAUGACCGUACAAGCCCUCCAAAGCACAUGGGGCCAACAGAAAACUAGGACUACAUGUCCGAGUCCUUUGUCAUUGCAUAUAUAGCGUUCGCGGAUUUACGAAUGGCGCCAUUUUACGGUCGUUGCAAAAUCCACAGAGCACCCUACUAUCUGCUCAGCAGCGUCGCAUGUGCUUCACGGGUUCUGUUUCGAUGACAAGUCAUCAACGAACGGAAUCGGUUCCGACUUUCUGCAAACCCCUCCGCCUAUCGUCCUUCAAGACUGUCUAAGGGAUGGCUUGUGGUUGCUGCGAUUUGUCCAUCAGACUUGGCUUCUUUGCAAGGUAGAAAGCAGCUAGCCGUAACCCAGCUUGACGUGGAUAAAGUAUACCAACUCGAAGGCAUGACCACACCAAUCAAUUUUAUGGGACGUCAGCGG